AUGGGNUCGUUACAAUGGAACAUAAAUACCAAGGAUGAGGAACCUAAUGCAGAAGUCAAGGUGAGAUCUUUAAAAAGAUCUUGCGAAUUAUGGUCUAUGGAGGACAAGAACACAUUUUUUAAAGCUUUAAACGAAUAUGGAAAAGACUUUGAUGCACUUCAAAGUUACUUCUUGUGUCAGGGGAAAAAGAAAGGGCUACCAGAUGUUAUGAUAAAAAACAAAGAACAAAUUAGGCACUUUUACUAUAGAACAUGGUUAAAAAUUUCAAAACACUUGAAAUUUGCAGAAGAUGUAAAGAAAACUUCCCAGGAGUUAUAUGGUCUAAUUAAUUAUGGCGAACUUAGAAGAAAAUUGCCUAGGAUACAUGAAAAAGUACAUUUGAAAUUAAAUGAACUAGUUUAUUGGGGCUCAACACAAGUUAGGCUUAGGGGAAAAACUAUGAGAGUAAAGACUCCUAUAUGUAGGGCAUUAAGAAAACUGAACCAGUUAGAGGAUUGGCAAGAAGAAAUUAAAUUGCCACCUCGAAUAACAAUCGAAUUAAGGCCUCGUAAUAAUAUGGCAUGGUGGCAGGUGCAAGCAUCAUCCAUGAACCCAAGAGUAAGAACUUUGUUACCUAUACAGAGACGGUUGUCCAGUUUAUUAAUAUUUUUACAGCAAAGAUGGAGGCCUGCCAAAUACAAUACAUCCUCUAACAUAGGGAACACUAUCACAAAUGAAAUGAAAGAUACCAGAUUGUUGCGAGUGGCACCAACAGAGGGUUGUAAGAUUACUUUACCAAUGGUAAAUCUUGGUGAAUAUCUCACCAGUAACAGUGUUAGCUUAAAUUCUUAUGAAAAACGCCUGGGAUUGAAAAGUUCCAGGAUGGACUUGCUAGGUUCAGUGCAAUAUUUGAAAGGUGUUGGAAAGAAGGGAAUCAAGAAGAACAAAAUGGAUAAAAAAUCUGUCAAUCAAUCUGAAGACAAUUGCAUGCUGCCAGAUAACAAUAGUGAUAUGGAUGCAAUAGAAUCCGGUAGCAACGUUUCAGAGAAAACCUCGCUAAUUAAUGUUGCAGAAAAGUCGACUGUAGAACAACAAACUGAGCCAAAUAGAUUCCCAGGAAGGGAAACAAUUGAAAGGAUUCGAAAGGGAUGGAAUGUUGAAGAGGCAAACACUAUCACAGUAGGAGACCUCUUUCUAAUGUUUGGUCGUGAGUCAAAAAUUACUUUGGAAUAUUGGUGGGAUUGGCAUCAGCGAGAACACACUGGAGAGCCUACAGCUUGUGCUCUGCAAGAUGAAAAUUUGUGUCUGACUUUGCAAAAGUUAUUGUCAAUAGCAAAGCAUNAAACCCCCCCCCCCCCCCAGUUUAAAGUGUAUGAUAAUACUUCUGGAAGUAAUGAAACCGUAAUUUCAUCUCGUAUGCUUUCAACGAAAGAGUCGACCUUCCGAAGACCAUUGAUUCCACAGACUUAUCAUAAAAUUGGUACACCUGACGCGUUUAAAACACAAUUAGAUAAAUUCAAAACGCGCUUUUGUAAAAGAGGAAGAACUGUGAGACAAAAGAGUCUUGUUGUGCAAAGGAUGCUACCAAUAAUAUCUGUACCGAGUAACCCAUCGGAAGAAAUUACUACUAAUUCUCACGAAACAAGUAAUAUAGAUGAUUCAACUCCAAGUAAUAAUGAGCAACCAAAUGAUAAAUCGUCCAUACAUAUAAGUGUAACGCUAGAGAAAAACUUUUUGGAUGAGUUAGAAGUGGCGAGGGAUUCGAAACCAACGAAUUCGAUCAUAACUAGUGCUACGCAAAUCCUUAAAGAGGGAGAGCAUCAGUGGUUGAACAGCGAAGUGGCAGAUUUCUCAUUAAGCAGCUUCUUGGGUCAGCUUGAAUCUCCUAUGAAGAUUUCGCAGAGAAGUCAAAGUGGCGAUCACGUCGAAGACGCUCGUCCAUCGACAGAUGUUGUCUCGCAGAUGCAAUGUCUCAUGGGCGAAAACAGCGUUGAUUACAUGGCAAAGUUUGCUAAUCUCGCAUCCCAAAUGGCGUCGGACGAUAAUAAAAAAUAAAAAUUGAAAUGGUCGACGAGUUUUAUAAAAAUUUUAGCGAAACGUCUGUUUUAAAUGGUGUAUCAUAUUUUACAAUCAUGAAUUUAUGAAUGUGUUUGAAUAUUGACUAUCUGGUACAGCAAAUUGAAUAAUGUACCAAAAUUCGAGUGUGAAAUUCAUAUUGAUUUGAUAAGCAUUAUGUAACAUAAUAAAAAGAGGAUACCUGAUUGAAAUAUAAAAUUUUUUCAUGAUA